ACGUCACGAGAGCGUUCCUUCGCUCAGAAGGCCUGGCCUGUUUUGUGGCGACUCACGCAUGCGCAGGAGCCCAGCGGAGAGCGACUAUGCUUCCUUUCGGGUACCUUCUCUUUUCCGGGGCGGGAGCUGCGGAAGCAGACCCGCCCGCCCGCCCUUUCGCCGUCCUCAAGCAGCAGGACCUCGUUCUUUUGGGGAGUGUUUUCAGCCUUCUCCUCCUGGCUAUUCUGUUAUUAUCAAUCUGCGUUUAUAAACCCAUUCGACGUCGAUGAAAGAAGAUAAAUGUACAUUAUAUUUCUGAAUUUUAAAAUGGAAUAACUUUUUCAAUAAAGGCCCUGCAUCAAGAUCUUGCCAAUUGAAGAAUAAAAAUCAUGAAAAUAUUCAAAUCUAAAAUGAAGAAAUUCCUGCUGGAAAAGCGAUUAUUUAUAUUAUUAAAAUUUAUAUUUAUUAUUCUGUUUUUAUUUUUUUAAUUAUUUAUUAUUAUUAACUUGUUUAUAUGUAACACCAAAUAAGGAUUAUUAUUAUUUUGCAUUAAUUUAUUUAAAAUGUCGUAUGUUGUU